CCGCCACCAGUGCUCGUCGUUAACGACGCCAUCCAGCACAUAUUCCAGUCACAUCCGUUGUUGAAAUUGAAGGAAAAAGGUCAUAGGCGUAUGUCGUCCACGAUUUACAAUGUAUGUCUCUUUUUUGCCUAGGCUAGGAAACAGCGAAUCACCAACGGGCACGGCGGCGGGCUCGCCAUCAUCGUGAUCUCCGUCAACAAGGUGGACUUCUUCAUACGGCGCGUUCUUAAGAGCGUGGACAUGCUCUGCAACUCAAUCUCCCGGUGUCUCGCCGGACACGUGUGGUCCUGCCCUUCCUAUUUCCCAGCCGGCUGUUUGUUUCUGUCUCUUUUUUCUAAUGACUCUCCCCAUGUUGCAGCACCGAAGUCUCCAGCCCUCAGGCCCUUCAGCUCCUGGCCCUAGCCAGCCGAUCAAUCCCAAUCGUUUGAAUGAAUCCUUUGAAAUCAUCAGGCAGGAAUUCGAUCUGUUGGCGUCGGACCUAGGCGUCGCACGCACUCAGAGAGACGAGUUUGAGAAUAAAGUGUCAGGACAAGUCAAUGAGCUCAACAUCAUUCGGCAGUCGCUGUACGAUCUCGAAGCCCAACACGGCAAAAUUCGCAAACAAUACGAAGAGGAACUUUCUCGAACCCGCGCCGAACUUCAUGCAUUGCGCCAAAACCUCCCUCCACACGCGACGACACCUCAUCCUCAGGUAGCGUCGGUUCCCGGUCCUGCCACCAUAGGUCCUGGCCGCCCUUUCGACCCUUUCUUCAACCGUCCUCGAGAUAGCAGGGAAGGCCUAUCCGACCCUCUCGAUCGCGAAAGGGAGCGCGAACGAGAUCGGUUGAUGGAGCAGCGGGAUGCGAAACGUCUGAAAGCUGACCGAAUGAAGCCAGAACGUGGAGACAUGUAUAGCCCUUCGCUUCCCAAUAUGCCAAAAUUACCUCCACCGGGCCAAACUAUGUCUGGUCCAGGAAUUCCGUCUAUGCCAACUCAGGGAUUACGUCCCCCGUCAGCCGCCGCGUCACCUAUGGUACUUGAUCCACCGAAUGUUUCGUCUGGAUCCCUUCUGCCCACCAAUACCAGCGGUACGGGGAGUUUUCUUGACGAUAUUGACCCACAAAAUGUGCCUCAAGAGUUGAAGAAGGAGGGUAGUGACUGGUUUGCGCUUUUCAACCCCAAAGUGAAAAGAGUUUUAGACGUCAAUCUGGUGCAUACUCUGAUGCAUGAGAGCGUGGUGUGUUGUGUGCGCUUCUCGGCUGAUGGCAAAUAUCUCGCGACCGGUUGUAAUCGAACUGCCCAAAUCUAUGACACGAAGACCGGAGUAAAAACCUGCGUGCUCCUUGACGAAACCGUUGGCAAAGCGGGAGAUCUUUAUAUCCGUAGCGUCUGCUUCAGUCCUGAUGGGAAGUACUUGGCUACGGGUGCUGAAGAUAAACAGAUUCGAAUCUGGGAUAUUGCUAAAAAGCGAAUUCGCAACGUCUUCGAUGGUCAUCAACAAGAAAUCUACUCGCUUGACUUUUCUCAAGAUGGCCGACUGAUCGUCUCAGGUUCGGGUGACAAAACUGCGCGAAUUUGGGACAUGACGGAUGGCACGUCUAAGGUCCUUACCAUCAAUGACCCUGAUUCGUUGAAUAACGAUGCGGGCGUGACGUCUGUAGCGAUAUCGCCAAGUGGUCAAUUUGUUGCUGCAGGGAGCCUGGACACAGUAGUGCGGAUAUGGGAUGUGGCCACGGGAACGUUGUUAGAGAGGUUGAGAGGUCAUCGGGAUAGCGUGUAUAGUGUGGCGUUUACUCCUGACGGCAAGGGCUUGGUUAGCGGAAGUUUGGACAAGACGCUGAAGUACUGGGAUGUCAGUGGCCUGAGUGCUUCUGGAGUCAAAUCGAGGAAGGAAGGCGCGAACGGCGGUUCUGUAAAUGGACCCGGUGUACUGGUGAGGAAGGAGAGCGAUAAGGCGGGCAGCCAGUGCACGAUGAACUUCACGGGACACAAGGAUUAUGUUCUUUCCGUGGCUGUUUCGCACGAUGGUCAAUGGGUCGUUUCGGGAUCCAAAGAUAGAGGGGUGCAAUUUUGGAAUGCCCAGACGGCUUUAGUGCAGUGUAUGCUCCAAGGACACAAGAAUUCUGUCAUCUCGAUAGAUUUGAGUCCAUCGGGAAGUGUUCUUGCAACUGGAAGUGGAGAUUGGCAGGCUCGGAUAUGGAGUUAUACCACUAAUUAAUAUCGACAUCACGUUUUCUCGCUAUCGCUUAUCUGCUGUAUAUUCUCUUCCUGCAUGUCCAUGUAUGAUGUACGACCUUUUACUUACCUUCUUGGUUUACCCACCGAGAUAAUUAUCCCUUCCGCUUUCUUGUGAUGAUUUUCUAUGGGGUAAAGAAAGGGAGUUGGCCUGUAUUGGUAGAAUGCGUCAAGAUUUGUGAAAUAAUGUUUACAAUAGAAGAAAUCUUUGAUACCUGU